AUGGGCGGUGACCGCAAAGGAAAAGACCGACGCCGCAGCGGAGGCUCGAUGAUGCUGCCACCUCGUCCAUCAGUCGGGGACGGAGGCGGGAAGGGCAAGGGAGGUGCAAGCGCCAGUCGCAACCCCGGUCUGGCACCCGUCCAAACUGUUUCGGGACGUGUAGGUCGUGAGACGCGAACUUCAACCAAAAGCCAAUUUGCACGAGACUCGGCACCACACGUAGGCCAGCAACCACGGAGCGAGCAAUGGGGGAGGACGAUACGGAAGUGGGACGAGGACGAGACGUCACAGCGAACAUUUGGAAAGGGGAAAGGGAGGACCAUUUCUAUGGCUUCGUCUAUCGCGCCAGGGAGGGUGUUCACCGCUGCUGACGCGGACGCUGGCGUAAACGCGUUCGACCUUGCCGCAGACGACAAAUGGAAAACUGAUUCUUCGCGCGGGACGUUAUCCAGGAAUCGCCGCUCUCGCGAAUACGACGAAGAGGACAUGGACGCGGAGCAGCCGGAUUAUCAUGUGGGCUUGGAAAACGAAGAAGAGUUCUUCCAUCCACCUGGGGAGGUGUCGAACGUGAAGGGUGCCAAAGCAACCUCUGCGUCGUCGUCAAAAAGUGUAGCAAUCGCUACGCGGUUCACCUCGCCGCCUCUGAUACCGGGCUUCAUUAGUGCACUGGAGGAGAUGUUUGGCAAGGACGCUAAGCCGACGCCUGUGCAAGGAUUGAGUCUCUCGUGGGUCAUGGAUUGGGUUUCGAAACAGGCGAAUGUGAAGGAGCUGCAAGUUGUCGGAGAGGCAGGUUCACAACCCUGGAAAGCCCCCACACCACCCGGUGGAUGGCGGGAGUUCCUGCUCGCAGCCGAAACAGGCUCCGGGAAGUCCAUCGCAUACCUACUCCCAAUGCUCCAAUCCCUCAAGCAAUCUGAACCCUCAUUCGUCCCCUACUCUCCCCCAAAGGGCGCCGAGUCCAAGAAGAAGGAGUACAGUCCGCGCGCGGUGGUUCUAGCGCCCACGCACGAGCUCUCGAGGCAGCUCGCUGGAUUUGCCAAGGACCUAUGUCACUUCCCCGAUACCCGUCUCAAGGUGGUGACAGUAUCGCGUGCGAACGUCCCGAGUACCGUCGGCUCUGGUGUCUCUACGAUGCCUAUGGAGCAGUGGCGAGAGAGCAAACGAGGAGAAAGCGCACGCAAGAUGACGAUGAUGCAAGGUGUAGUAUUUGAUACCCAUGGCAAGCAGGUAGACGCGGUGUCUGAGGAAGGUGCGGGCGAAGGGAGACCUCGGGGACAUAUGGAACACGGUGCAGAUGUUAUUGUGGGCACGCCGAUGAAGCUUCUUGAGAUGGUGCGAGGACGUGGAUGGGACAGGAUCACAGAGCAGCACCAGCAACAGCUUGAGCUGCAGGACGCUGCUGCAAAACAAUCUCAAGACGAAGACGGUGAGUCCGAGCAGAAGCAGUUGCGUAGAGGUCGUGACAGGAUCCCACACUUUGGGACGUGGAGACCCAAGUCGGAGAUGGGCCUCGAGAAUGUAGAAUGGGUCAUUGUGGACGAAGCCGAUGUUCUUUUCGAUCCUGAUUUCCAAGAGACGACAAGGCUUUUCCUGGCAGAUGUCAGUGCAGCACGCGGUUACCCUAUCCCAUUUUCUCCUCACCUCCUCCCACCUUCACCUUCCUCCCCGUCCACAGUAUCCUCACUAUCCACAACUCUCGCACCCGUCAAAUACCCUUUCAAUCUCCUCCUCACCUCCGCAACUAUCCCAACUUCCCUCAACACAUAUCUGACUCAGGCACACCCCUCUCUCCUACGUCUCGCUUCGCCAAAUCUACAUAAACUCCCAAAGACCCUACAGGUUGAGUAUGUCGCGUGGUCUGGUGGGAACAAAUUCGCCGAUAUCCUCAGACGGCUGAAAAGAGUAUGGGCCGAAGAUGCGUCUUCCGCCCACGUGCACGGGAAAGGACAGGAUAUGCUCAGCCAGGUUGUUAUCUUCUGCAACCGCAGUUCCAAGGCAGAGGAGCUAGGCGAGUGGCUGGAGGACCAGAGCGGCAAUGGGGGCGGUGUGAAAGGCGUCGUCGUCGUCACUGGCAAGGGAGGACGCCAGCGUGGAAAUAAUAAGCACUUGGAAAGCUUCCUACGUGCGAGGGGCAGGAAAGCAGCGAAUCGAUCUACAUCCAACGAGUCUUCGUCCGGCUCCGCUCCCUCUGAAGCCUCCCCGAAAGUGCUUAUCACCACUUCCAUUCUUUCUCGUGGCCUCGACUUCUCCCCGAAUGUCAAGCAUGUGUUCAUCAUCGAUGCGCCCAGAAACAUGGUCGACUUCGUGCACAGAGCCGGCCGAGCUGGGAGAGCAGGUAUGAAAGGCCGUGUUGUGGUGUUCGGGAAGAUGAAAGGCAGAGGCAGCAAGAAGGGUAAGGAGAUCAGGGGCAGAGUCGCUGGAUUGAUGUAG